AUGCGAGGAAAGCAACCGGAUGGCAACGACUCGGCCCUCCACGCAGGCCCACACAGGCACAGAGGCGACGGCAGAACCCCGGGGCUCAAACAAAGCACGUUACUCGGUUAUCGCUUGCCUCUCCCCAAAACAGAACGAAAUGCAGCCCUGCCUGGAGGAGAGAGAGAGCAGGCUCUGUCGCCUGUUAUACUUCCCCUGCCACAGAAUGUGAAAGAAUAUUUGCUGGAUGAUGGAACGCUUGUGGUUUCCGGAAGAGAAGAUCCGCCAAGUCAUGCUCAGGAGGGGACUGAUGAUGCAGAAGAAAUACAGUGGUCAGAUGAUGAGAAUACCACAACGCUUAAGGCACCAGAAUUUCCUGAGUUUACAGCUAAAGUUCAAGAAGCAAUAAGUUCCUUGGGUGGUAGUGUUUUUCCUAAACUUAACUGGAGUGCUCCAAGGGAUGCCUACUGGAUAGCAAUGAACAGCUCUCUGAAAUGUAAAGCUCUCAGUGACAUCUUCCUCCUCUUCAAGAGUUCAGACUUCAUUACCCGUGACCUCACUCAACCAUUCAUUCACUGUACUGAUGAUUCCCCUGAUCCUUCCUUGGACUACGAGCUUGUUCUUCGCAAAUGGUGUGAACUAAUCCCUGGUGCAGAAUUCAGAUGCUUUGUUAAGGAAAACAAGCUUAUAGGUGUAUCACAGAGGGACUACACUCAAUACUACGAUCAUAUCUCUAAGCAACAUGAGGAGAUCUGUAGAUCAAUACAGGAGUUUUUCAAGAAACACAUACAGUAUAAAUUCUUGGAUGAAGACUUUGUUUUUGAUGUGUACAGAGACAGCAGGGGUAAGAUUUGGUUAAUAGAUUUUAACCCAUUUGGUGAAGUAACAGACUCCCUGCUGUUUACGUGGGAAGAACUGACCUCUGGGAAAAACUUGAAAGGAGACCAGAGUGAAGGGGAAGCAACAGAACAGGACUAUCCCGUUUUCCGUUGUACGAACAGUAAAGUUACUGUGCAGCCUAGUCCAUACCUGAGUUACCGACUGCCGAAAGAUUUUGUGGACCUUUCUACAGGAGAGGAUGUUCACAAAUUAAUUGACUUUCUUAAACUGAAAAGAAAUCAGCAGGAUGAUGACUGAGGUAUCAAGAAGCAUUACACUGAAUUACAAGCAAGAAAUGUGGCAAAAGCUGUAUUUAGCAUAACUAUUAAGCUAUCAAUUUAAAGAAAACCUGCUUUUUGUAGUCAGUGGAAGAACUAAAGAGCUGUUAACCCUGUGUGUCUGUUGGUUUAUAUGAAAGUGUAGAAAAGCUUUUUCAGGGAAGCAUGAAAGGUCAGGGUGAGUUCUCACUGGAUUACAGGUUAAAUGCAAUUAUACCAUGGUGCAAGCAAACAGCAAUCUGAGCGCAACUGAACGACUGCUUUCCCAUCUCAUAAUGUGAAGAUUGAUGCCAUUGAAGUAUGCCUUCGGACUCUUCAGUGAUAAAUAUGACAACGUUUAAUGCUUGUGCAGUUGAAACAUCAAGCAUUCUCUGAAUUUAGGUACAGUCUUGCUUAAUUGUCACAAGGAAAGAAUGUAUUUUUUUUCUGUAGUAACCUUUUAAAACUGUAAAUUUACUUUGUUUUGGGAGCACUUCUCAUCCUUUCUUUAUGUAAAAAAGAGAAGAAAUAAAUUCCUUUGUUAUGAGGGCUAAUACUUCAUUUCAGAGAACAGCUAUAGCUAUAAUAGACUAAGGUUUGAAAAUUUUGCAUUUCAGGAAUUUGAAACUCUGAAUGCAUUUCAAGUAGAGUAAUAUUUUCGCAGCAGAUAAAGCUAUGAAACUUGUUAAACUUCACCAAAUUUAAUUUCAUUUUCAUAGUAAAGAUUUCUUGAGACUUAUUUUUAACAUCAUUACAUACCAGACAUCAGCUGUGGCUUUAAUAUAAAUAGUUAAACAUUACAUCAACCUGUAAUUUUAUAUGUGGACUCAGUCUUGUUUCUUUUGUAUCACGUCUCUGAGUUAAGAAAAUGAUUACUCUUUCAGCUCUUAAAAUUCUGUAUUCACUUGGUACUUCUUCAUGUUCACAGGAUAAAAGGAAGCUUGACUAAAUUUGGGGAAACAGAAGCUCUUGUUACUGAUUGCUGUUAUUGAGGGGGCAGGGAACAAUUCCAGACAAAGAACCAGAUAACGUGGGUAUAGGUGUUUGCAUGGCAUCAGUAAUUUGUUAACUGUGUGCAUAAUUCCUGUUGAAAUGAAAGGACAUUUGGAGGUGCUCAUGGCCUCUGGAAGUUGUUUCUUAUUUCAAACCAGUUAUGUGAUACUUUGUGUGUGUAUAUAAAGAUGUUCAUGUUUCUUUGUCUUGCUUUUGCUGUCAAAUUGAUAUGGUGCUCAGUUACAAUCUGUUCUUAGAUGUUAAAUCUGAGCUUAGAUGUUAAAUUAUUACUUACUCUCUAUUUAGCUUCAGUUUUGAAUGAAUACUUACUCUAGUUAAAGAUUAUGCAGAUUAAGAAUCCAGUUCUACCAAAUACAUUGAUGAAACAUCACAGAUCAAAGCUCCUGGAGUCUCAGAGUACAGGAUCUGCCCUACACUUGAAGCAAUGGAGUCUCCUUCUCAACAGCUUUUUGUACACAAAUUAGAUGAUCAUUAACUCAGGGCUGGGCUAUACCUAAGCCUGCCAUACUGCAGGACUUUGGAUGAGUUUUUCUCACACUUAUAAGAGCAAUUAUUUGGGUAUAAAUGUUUCUGAAUCAGGUAGGAACUUCAAAAUGUAAAAAAUCAACACAGCUUUCCUCUUUCUUUUAAAGUUUCUAGCCAUAAGUUAAACUGUUGUGAUGAUCUAACCACGCUUCCUUUACAUAGAUAAUGCCCUGGAAUUUCCAGCAGAUUCAUAAAUGCUUCUGAACUACAGAGUAUAGUCUUUAAAAAAUACUGGUUCCUGGUUUUAAGCUGUAAGAUGGUUUCCUGCAU